CCAGAGUGCAUUGUGGGUACGGAAUUCCCUGGGCCGAGGGGCGCCAGUGCGCAGGUCCGAGAGGAAACUCCAUGAUUUUUUUUGGCACGGAAUCCUAAAGGAAAAAAUAGGAACUUGAAGUGGGGAUUAAUUGAAACGGGGCAUCACAGAACCGCGAUCCGAGUCCGGCGCGUCUCCAGCGGCUCCGCGGGCGAAUGGAUGCGUUCUAAGCGCUGGAUUAAAGAAUCGCGGCGGUCUGCGCGGCCGACGACGGAGAUCCGCUCGAAAUUAAGAUCAUUUCGGGGCGACAAUGCAGCGGGCGCAAUAAAACCCAGCUAGCGUUAUUGCUCUUUGUUUUUUGGGCAGGACGGACAGAGGGAACCGAGGGAAAGGAGGGGGGAAAGUGGUGAAAAAUCGUCCGACGGGGAGGACUUGGAAUACAGGCAAACAAACGGAGGCAGUUGCGGGGAAAAGUCUGUCAGAAAGGCUCCUGAGCUCUGCGAGUCCGGAGCUCUGCGGCGGAAAAGGAGAGCAGGAAACUUCAUAAACACAGAGAAGAAGAUUGCCUCUUCAAGACAAGACAGAAGAUCCUGAACGCAGAAAAGAAGAGAGGAAUUGUCUGUUUGGCUGGAUUUGUGUUCAGUUGUUUUUAGCUCUGGUAACGCUAUCUGAGAUGUCCUCACAGGGGUGGAUUUCAUUGACUGUGCUGACUCAGGCUGUAUAAAGAUGAAAAGGAGCUGGAUGCGAGGUAGCCGAAAAUGACGGGGGGCAGUGAGAAUGCAGCAGGAGAAAAAGAUGGUGGUCCAACGCUCACCGCUCAGGUCCCUGUUGGCUGGCAGAGAAAAGUGGAGGAUGGGGCUGUCGCUUACGUCAGCCCAAGUGGUACAGUCCUGUGCUCUGUGGAGGAGGUGAGGGUGUAUCUGCUGACGGACAGCACAUGUAAGUGCGGACUGGAAUGCCCACUUGUCCUUCAUAAGGUUUUCAACUUUGACCCUGCUGCAGUGGUUCAGGCUCCAAGUCAUCAGUCGGGGAAAAUAGAAGAGGACAUGACGAAACUCUGCAACCAUCGCAGGAAAGUGGUCGCUAUGGCUGCUUUGUGCCGGAGCAUGCAGAGCUCCCAAAUUCCAUUACCGGCUCAUGGUACAGGGAGUGUUGUCGUGUGCUCAGUGGAUGGCAGGGAGCCGAGAGGGUCCAUAGUGGCUCGUGGAGACAUGGGUCACUGCACUUACCUGACCCAGCCGAGACUGAACCAGCCCAGACCCAGCAGCAGUAGCAGCUUUCCUGUGCCCUCCCCUGUUUCUCUCCUACAGAAUGGAUCUGUCUCUCAGCCUACCUCUGUACUGACUUCAGAUCAGAGCUCACCAUUAAAGAGGCCGCAUGCUCAGUCACCAGGGCUCAGCAUAGCUGCUUAUGGGAAGCAGCAGUGGAGCCCCCAUCCUGCCAUUUCCCAAGCCAUCCUCCAACGAGCACCUCACAAGCCCCCUUCUCCCAGCACUAUGAAAUUCGACACACAUACGCCUGCGUACCAGCAGGAUCUACCCAUCUCCUUUUCUUCUCCCCCUUCAUCGUCAUCACCUGUAUUUAGCAGGGCAGGGCAGUCCCAUCUGCAGGGAACAAUUGUGAAAUCUCCUUCUCCUCUUUCGGUCUCUUCAUCCCCUUCUCGUGCUCGGGACUCAUUCUCCCCACAUCAAAGGUCUCGUCAUUCCUCCACCUCCUCUCUUUCUGAGGGAGCUCCAGGUUCUGUUCUCUGUCAUGCUCAGGGGGUUAAACCACCCCAGUCUCCUCUGCACUCCAGCCAUCCUUCUUCACCCAAACUUCUUCUGCCCCAUGCUAGCCCAUGCCUUCGCCAAGAAGGCGUUUUCCAGCAGUACAAAGAGUGCAGCACAAACACCAACAUCAACUCCACCCAGCAUCAUAAUGCACUCAGCAACCAAAGCAACCUUCACGCACCGCAGAAUCCACAGUUGGCCCAUAGCAGCCACUGCGACAGGAGGAAUGGGUCAGGGGCCCCAGGUUUGCUGGGUCUCCCUCUGGGUCAGAUCCUCUGCCAGCAGAAGAGCCAGCAGCAGCAGCACAUCAGCAGCUCGUUCCCAGCCAGCAGCCUUCUGUCAGCAGCCGCCAAAGCCCAGCUGGCCAGCCAGAAAAGCCAGAACCAGUCCGGUGCUGCUGAAGCAACGGCCGCACUCCCCGUUCUGGACAAGGACCAGCAGUCAAAGGUAUUGAUUAGCACUUUAAACAGUAGCCUUCAUGCUCCUGCAGGCCGAGCUCAGUCUUUGACAGCCUUCUUGCUUCCUCACUCUUCUUCCAUUUCCAUGACCCCGCACACGCUGACGGAGAAAACGUUACGCCGCAAACGCCAGCGUCGCUCGCCUACUGUGCUUAGCAUGCUAAAAGAAUCGCAGAUGAAUCGGACCACAGGAGAUCAAACUGCUUCUUCCCUGCUUGUCCCUUCCCCCUCUUCAUCCUCCUCUUGUAGUUCUCCUCCUCCCCUCCCUCUCUCAGAGAACCACCUCAUAAACUCCCGGCUUUCUGGUGCUCCUCCGGCCUCUUCCAACAGUGUUGUGAGGCAACCAGAAUGGGAGGAGGGAAAAAAGACUGUACUUGCUAACCCCCUUCCUCUCUCAUCUCCCUCUGCUUCUUCCCAGCCUCUGUCCGCCCUGCUGCAGCUCCUCAGCAUGCAGAGUGCCCAGAAUGCCAGCCAGUCCAACAGUACCACGACACCUGCUGUGCCAAGCAGACAGUCUAUAGCGUUGCCUCCUUCAUCACCCAAUCCCAUCACCUCCCAAACACCCAACUAUGACAGCCAUGUCCACAUGCAGCAGCAAUCUCAGCACCAUAACUUGGUGCCCUCUCUGGAUCAUCUUGCUCAGCUGCCAACUUCUCAUCCCAUUCCUCUGAUGAGUGAAGACACAGACGGAGCUGCAGUAAACCUCAAAACAACACCAAACACUGGUGUUCUAAACUUGAGCCAGCCACACCUAGGCAAAAGCGCAGGAGCCGAGACUUCCGUUAACAGCCAGACCCCUGGAGUGAUGAGCCAGCCUAACUCAGCCAGCUGCCUGCGUUCUCCCACCCACCCAGAGAAAAGCUGUGCGUCCAAACCAGGGGAGAUGGACUCAGAUCACAACAUUUACCAGACAAACCAGCCAAACCAGUCUAGCCACAACCACCCUAUAGAGAAUGAGGGUCCUGUACUACCAGAGGAACCUCAAAACUUGGAGACUAGACUGCUUACAGGCUGUGAUCCAGACCCUAGCCUUCCCCAUCCCCCUGCCCCUACUGCUCCCUCAGCUGAUCUCCCUGGCUCUCCAACUGACCCCACAAACGCCCUGCAGUUGGCCGAGUCUUUCCCAUUCAUGACGCAAGAACAGCUGCUCCAGCUGCUCUCCUCUACUGCCGGUUUGCCCUCCCUUCUUCCCCCUUUCUUAGGCUCUCUGCCUCUGGGACUCUGGACAGGCGGUCAGCCACCUACCACAGGAAAUGUCACCCAGCCGCCGCCACCGACAAACAACCUCCUCAGCCAGGCUCCUGCCCCACUCAACAUUCUGCCUUCCACUCUCGGAGCUCAGGGGGAGUUCCCCUUGAACCUCAUAAGUCUUCUCAAUCCACCGGCUCCAGCUCCAGGGCUUGAGGUUGGUGAGAAGAACCCCGGGCUGCAGGCUCUGCUCAUGGCGUCGUUGCUCCUUGGGCAGAACCCUGCUGCCAUACUGCCAUUACCCGGACUCAAUCUGGAGCUUCCACCCCCGCAGCAGGUAUUUGGGGAGGGAGUGUCUCUAGAGAAGACCCCUGCUCCUCUGCUGGACUCUGUGCUGAUGGGGCCAGGGCUCCUAGAAGCUCUGCAGGCUCUAGCUCCCCCCGCAGACGGCCAGUCACUUCUGCUCUCCGCCCAGCUUACUCCUCCCCUUCCUCCUGCCUUCCUGUCCCUCAACCCCACCUUGCUGGCUGCAGCUCUCGCCCAGGCAGAAACCCUUCCCAACCACACACCAUCCCCCCCGCCUCACACUCAGGGGAGUCUUUCCAGCCCUGCUUUGGUCUCUACCUCUAUGUCCUGUACCCCUCUGUUGCCUGUCUCUGGGCAGGAGGUGUGUGACUCACUGACCGAGCAGGAGAAGACCAACACCCAGACGCCACCUCCAUUUCUGCCUCCACUACUCCCUCCCGGGGUCCUUGGUGAUCUGACUGCUCUGGGGAAUAUUAACAGUCUGCACAGUUUACUUGGAGCAGGGCAUUUACUGCUGCCCCAGGCUCCCUCUCUGGGCAUGCCACUGCCACAGAACCAGGCUGGCCUCAACCCACUCACCUGUCUGCAGCUGUCAAUGGCUCCAGCACUCAUGGGGGAGAAACCACUGGCUCUACAUGAGACGAAUCAGACGCAGGAGGACAUUCCUCCCUCUCAGUUGUCCCAGGACUCCCUGCUCAAUCCUGGACAUGUUCAAACACCCGCUCAGCAGAGGGAGGAGUCAGCAGGGGUGACCGAAUCCGGUCUGUUGGAUCCUUACGGUUCCUUCAUGGACACCAUCUACACUUCCUUUCUGCAGGUCAGUGGGCGUGGCUCUGAGGGAGGAACUGACUCCACCCCACUCUCGUAUCCCGAACUCCCACCCCUCCUGCAGCAGCCCAGCGGCCCGCCCUCCCUCAGCCCUCGCCGAGCAUGCUCAGUACACAACCCUGACCUGUCCCGGCUCAGCAUGGAGGCGGCCCAGUCUCCGGCCCGGGGAACACCAAAACUCACAGAGGACCCCUCCACCCCACCGCCCAGCAAACCUGCAGGAGCAGACGCCUGCCCCGCAGACGCACCCCUACACCUCACCUUCAUGGAGGAAGCCAAGACCGACGGCUCUUCCAAACUCUGCGUCUACAGCAAUGGAAUCGGCUCAGGGGUCGGGGCGGGGGAUGAUGAGGACGAGGAUGAUGAAGAGGAUGAUGAAGUAGAAAGGCAGCCACAGGGCUACUUAAGCCCCAGGGAGAGGGGGACCAGUGACACGAUGGAUCAGACCAUGGGUAACGCAGACACGGAGCAGGGCAGGGCUACAGAAAUACGUACAGGCGCCAGAAGAGGGAGAAAGAGAAAGCAAACGCUGCAGAGAGGAACGGAGAUUCCAGUAGAAAUUGACAGCAUCAUAGAAGAGCCUGCAGCUACGAUAGCACUGCCGAGGCCGGCGAGAGCUGCGAGAGGGAAGCGGCGGCGCGUAGUCAGAUAGACGUUCCAACCAGAGCCCUUAUCCUACUGUACUUUACCCGCCAACACCAGCACUGUCACUAUGGCAACACCACAAGGGCGCGUCAGGGGCGACUGCGCCGCACUGUGAGGACCUGCAGAACAGUGUCUGUCUCUCCAGAAGCCCUGUUACCUCACUUCCAUUCUCCUCCUGCUCUCCGUCGCUCUGUUACCAUUCUCUCUCUGACCUCUGCCUUCUAGUUCCGCAUCUGUAGUGACAGUGAUGUGAACAGUAUUAGUUCUGGAACUGGCUUGUGAACACUACUACACUCAGAUUCACUCCAGCUAAACUUUAGUGCGGUGUAUUGUGUGCGUGCGUAUCUGGUAUGUGUGAAUGUGUGGUGUGUGUGCGCUUGUACACAUUUCAUACAUUUUUCACGGCAGAAAAUGGAAAUUGGAUGCUUGAAGUUUGUUUUCAUCAUGUUUGUCUCAAUUUAUUAUGGUCCUACACCACCCUCUAUCUGCCAAUCACUGUUACUGCACUAUAGCUUCCUUCCUAUUAGCCAUCAUGCUGGAUGGAGUAGGUUAGGGUUCCAUCUAAACUUUGACCAAAAGGAGAUAUAAAUAAUAACUGGCUUUUCAUUGCUUUUGUGAUAAUCUUAAGAACCUCACACUUUUCAAAGGACAAAAAGCUACAAGAAAAAAAAACAAGUCAAACAACCUCAUGAGUAGAAUUUCAGUCCCUACACACAGCUGGGGGUUGUGUGUGUUUGUGCGUGUGCACGUGUGUAUGGGAGUAAAGUAUGUACUGUGUGUGUGUGUGUGUGUGUGUGUGUGUGUGUGUGUGUGUGUGUAAGUUGCGGGGUUGGGGUCUGAUACUGUGAUCAGUGGCGGAUUCUGCACGGAUGGACAGAGCCGUACCUCUAGCGCUCCGUUAAGCCUGAAACCCGGCUGCCACUUCAUCAACGCAGGCACAAGAAUAUUUAAGUAAUGGUUUAAAGUAAUAAUGAGGAUGAUUAUGCAAUUUUACUAAUGAAUUUUAUGUAAAUAUGUACAGUUUUAGUAUUUUAUUUUGUACACUUUUUUAGGAAAAAAAUGAUCAAUUUGUAAAGUAUUUCUUCCUCAGAAAAACUCCUUUCCUUUCCCAUAUUUACGUUUGAUUUGUAAAGAGAAUACUUUGUAAGUUGUGAGCAGUAGCAUUUCUUUUUUUUUUUUAUGGGAGUUGACUUUUUAUUUAACAAAUUAAAACGUUUACCAAAUUCUGAGUACA